AUGGUCAGCGGGCUGGACGGGGAAGGAAAGCGGUGGUUAGACAGAAAGUUCUCAGCCCAGGGCCAGACGGCGCUGGAAAUGAGCAUUCAUUCGCCCUGGAUACAACGCCAAGCCGCAAUAAGCAGACGCACCGCGGAUCCAGGCGUGUCCAAUCUCAUCCCCUUCCGCCUCUCUGCUUCCAACCAGGCCGACGGGAACGCCAGCACCGAGGAUUACUCCCACUACGAUACCAUUGACCCCAGUGACCCUGUGGACGGGCCCGGGGUAGCCCGCGGGCUCAAGCCCCUGGACACAGUGGCGCUGGUCGUCUUCUCGUUCGUCUUCCUGGUGGGCGUGCCCGGCAACGCCGUGGUCAUCUUGGUGACGUGGCCCAAGGUCAAGCGCACGGUCAACGCCAUCUGGUUCCUCAACCUGGCGCUGGCCGACCUCCUCUCCUGCCUGGCCCUACCUGUCCUGGUCACCACCAUCAUCCUGGAUGACUGGCGCUUUGGGGAGCCGGCCUGCCGCGUCCUGCCGUCUCUCAUCCUCCUGAACAUGUACAGCAGCAUCCUCCUCCUGGCCUUCAUCAGCGCUGACCGCUGCCUGCUCGUGUUCAACCCCAUCUGGUGCCAGAACUUCCGCGUGGCCGGCCUGGCCUGGGUGGUCUGCGGGGUGGCCUGGGUGCUGGCUCUCCUCCUGACCGUCCCCUCUUUCAUGUACCGGAGGCUGAGAGUCGAACUCUAUCCACCCAAGAGCAUCUGUGGCCUCAAUUACCAUGGGGACAGACGCAAGGAGCUGGCCGUGGCCGGCCUGCGGCUGACCUUGGGCUUCCUGUGGCCCCUGGUCACCCUGUCUGUGUGCUACACCUUCCUGCUGCUGCGCACCUGGAGCCGCAAGGCCACGCGCUCCACCAAGACGCUCAAGGUGGUGGUGGCCGUGGUCAGCUGCUUCUUCAUCUUCUGGCUGCCUUACCAGGUCACCGGAGUGCUCAUGGCCGUGUACGAGGGCCACUCGGAGGCAUUCAAAAGGGUCCAGAGGUUCGACACGCUGUGCGUCUCCUUGGCCUACGUCAACUGCUGCGUCAACCCCAUCAUCUACGUGGCCGCGGGCAGGGGGUUCGAGACCCUGUGCCGGAAGACCUUCUGCACCAUGCUCCAGGGCGUGCUCAUCGAGGAGUCGGUGGGCAGGGAGAGCAAGUCCAUCACGCGGAGCUCCACCGUGAACACCAUCACGGAGAAGACAGAGGCGGUGUGA